AUACAGAAUACAGGAUUGCCUAAAAACAUUGUCACAUACAACCCCGUGUGUACAUAGUUCUUCACCAAUUACAAGUGAAGUUUUAUUUAUAUCCAUAAUUAUUUGUAAACAUCAAGUAGUACUGACAAUACUCGUAGUUUUAUAAUCAAAAUACAUAAAAAAAAGCUUUACUUAACUUCAUAACUAUGAGUCGUAAGGAAGCAUUAUCUCAAUUUAUUCAACAAAUUCAUGGACGCCCUGUUGUUGUAAAAUUAAAUAGCGGCGUAGAUUACAGAGGUGUUUUAGCCUGUCUCGAUGGUUACAUGAAUAUAGCACUCGAACAAACAGAAGAGUAUGUAAAUGGACAAUUAAAAGACAAGUACGGCGAUGCUUUCAUUCGUGGUAACAAUGUAUUGUAUAUCAGUACACAAAAACGUAGAACCUAAGUAAAAAUAAAUGCAUAACUAUUAUUAGGUUUUUAUUCAUUCAACGUACAUACACGAAUGCUUAAGAAGAACUAUAUAAUUUUUUUAUAAUAAAAUCUUUUAUUUACUGUA